AUGAAGUUCGCCACUCAACUCUUCACCGUCGCUGCUCUCUUGGGCGCUACGCUGGCCGCUCCCGCUGCCGACUCCAACAUGAUUGAAGUUCGUGACGCUCUCACCAACGAGGUUAUGGAGGGUAUGGCUAUUGACAAGCGCCAAGUAUGUUACUGCUACGGAGGAUUCUGUACUCCCGGAUGCCACGGCAAGGUUAAGCGUCAGGUCUGCUACUGCUACGGAGGCGUGUGCACCCCUGGAUGCCACUAA